AUGACACCGGCUGCCUCAUUGGCAUUGUGCUCCGACUGUGGAAAGGCUCCGCAUGGGACCGUUGGCUGGUCAAUAGCGCACUUCCUGCCUCUGGGGUUCGACCGAGCGGCGGUCCUCAACUUUGGCAGUCAUAGGUCUCAACGGAUACGCCAGGGACGUCGGCAACGAGGAGUAGUUUCUGGCAUCAGCGCAUACGCUCCGGCUGUGGAUGAGAACUUCUCUAGGUAA